UACGAUGGCUGACGCUAAAUCCGAAGUCGACAGUGAUGCUGAACAGAACUACUCCCUAAACAGCAAUGUGGAUCCUAAAAACAUGCAGGAACUGACGAUAUACGUGCAAAAUUUGCUGCAGAACGUGCAGGAUAAGUUUCAGACGAUGUCGGAUCAGAUCAUUUCCCGCAUCGACGAUAUGGGCACCAGGAUAGAUGACCUUGAGAAAAGUAUCGCCGAUCUUAUGCAGCAGGCGGGGGUCGAAGGGCAGGACAAGUAG